AUGCGUAUAUUUUACUACAGCACAGACAAGCAAGAAGACCCUUUGACGCUACUCCAUGAUUCCAACUGGGCACCUCCAUCAUGCCCGCUCAAUUUCCCAACAGAGAUCAUACAAAAGAUUGUGAAUUACUUGCCCAGAGCCAGUCUGCCAGCCAUUGCCAGUGUAAAUCGAAUAUGGUAUGCUACCGUCAUGCCAGUACUCUAUAGACACUUGUAUGUACGCACACUGCCGCACUGGCUACUACUGGUAAGAACGUUUGGCAAUCCUGCAUUUUCUGCGCAAUUUGGACCUCAAGUCAACUCGCUCGUUCUAAAGCCAUCACCAAGAUUGAUUUCUUCUCAAUUAACCAGCUCACUCAACUAUGAUGUGAUUGAAAACGACGAUUAUCUGCAGCCUUCGCUGAGAGGCUAUGUGCGACUAGAGCGAGUCAAUUUUGAGCUGACAGGCUUGGAAGAUGUGGAUAAGCCAAUGCCACUGGAUAUGGAUGACAACCAGCAAGAAAACGAAAACUACAAGGAAAUAGACACUACGCAGAAGGAAUCAGAGUGGCUCUCAAUGGUAAAUGAUGACCAAGCAUCGACAAUAUUGAGACAUUGCUCUCAACUGGAAUACCUGAACAUGUCUGGAUGUGAGCAUCUUACAGAUGCAGUUUUGCUGACAUUGGCAUCUGCUAAACAAACGGCACAGAAGGCACGGAAACCAAUAGUGGGGUUGUGGAUGAGUCUUUUGAGAAAUGCAACAGAUGCUGGUAUCAACGAGCUGAUUCGAGUGGAGCGUCAAUGCAAACUGCCCAAGCGAUUGAGACAUUUGGAUCUUGGAUUCCAAGUAGCCAUGACAGACAAAGACAUAGAGCAAAUUACCAGUUACUGGGGAGAGUCGCUGACGCAUUUACGACUAAAUUCCAUCUAUCAACUGACAGAUGACAGCGCCGUCUCGAUUGCCCAUCACUGCCCUCAUUUAAUACUGCUCCAUCUGGUCCGAUGUUGGCCAAUCAAUAAUGCUUCACUGCAGCUACUAGCUACUCACUGCAGGAGACUAAAGUAUGUCUCGGUGUCGUUUCUUAGUCGGACGAACGAAGAAGGAAUCAAGCAUCUCAUUCAGUCACUGCCUGAACUGGCAUGGCUAGAUAUCACUGGAUGCAACAUCAACUCACUGUUCAAGCCUUUGAUUCUGGAAGGCUGGGCCAAUUACAGACGACAACAUCACUUACCGCCUGUUCACAUACAGGAUGGCUCCAUGAACCUGCUGUAA